AUGGAAAUCCAAAAAUCUCAAUCUGAAAUUCAGCUCGCCAUCGCCACCGAUGAACCCUCCGCCACCUCAACCAUUCCAGGUCUUUCCACCACCACCACCACCACUAUGCACCACUCAUUCUCUCUAUCACAAAUCUUAACCAGAAUCCACGCCGGCUAUUUCCGAAUAACCCUAUCUCUUUCAUGUCAAGCCCUUCUCUGUAAAAUCCUUCUUCAGCCAAAUAAUUUCAAUUCAAGAAUUACAUUUCACGUUUCCCACUUACUGUAUUCAACAGUAUUAACGAUUUUGUGGUCAUUCGCGUUUUUUAUACUAGUUUUGCUCUCAAUUCUCUACGCUCUCAGAUGCUUUUUUCGGUUUAAUCUCGUAAAGAAAGAAUUUCUGCACCAUGUUGGAGUGAAUUACCUCUUUGCACCUUGGAUUUCAUGGCUUUUACUGCUUGAAUCUUCACCUUUUGUCACUCCAACACAUGUUUUCUUCAGGAUUUCGUGGUGGGUUUUUGCUGUUCCUGUUGUGAUUCUCGAUUUAAAAAUAUAUGGCCAGUGGUUUACAAAGGGAAAGAAAGUUUUAACAGCGGUGGCAAAUCCAACGAGCCAAUUAUCAGUCGUCGGAAAUUUGGUCGGAGCACGCGCCGCCGCCAAAAUUGGGUGGCAAGAAAUUUCAGUUUUCCUGUUUUCUUUAGGAAUGGUUCAUUAUUUGGUGCUUUUUGUGACUCUUUAUCAGAGACUUUCCGGCGGUGACCGCAUACCGGCGAUAUUACGGCCUGUUUUCUUCUUGUUCUUUGCAGCUCCAAGCAUAGCAAGUUUGGCUUGGUACUCCAUUUCCGGUAGCUUUGAUACUAGUUCCAAAAUGCUGUUUUUCCUCUCCCUUUUCCUCUUCAUGUCACUGAUGUGCAGGCCAGCCCUUUUCAAGAAAGCCAUGAGAAGAUUCAGUAUAGCAUGGUGGGCUUAUUCUUACCCCAUUACGAUGCUGGCUUUAGCUUCAACAAGAUACGCUCAGGAGGUCAAUGGAGAAAUUCCUCAUGCCAUAAUGCUUGUUUUAUCGGCAUUAUCAGUUUUGGUCCUAUUUGCUCUUUUGGUUUUCACUGCACUAAACCCUAAAAUGCUUUUGCCUGAUGAUGAUCCUAUUCUUGUCAUUAGUCUCCCUGCCCUUUCAUCAAGUACAGUUUGA